AUGCGCCCACGCCUGGCCUGCCGCAGCGCCCAGGGCAUCUCUGUUCUGACGCAUGCAGCCCGGCGCACGCGCCCGCUGCCGCUGCAGGUCCGUGCGGCAGGACAAGCGGGUGGCAGCGGCGACAAGCCCGGUGCAGACGUCCAGGGCCUGGAUGCCAUCAUGUCCAAGUAUGGCCUGUCAGAUGGAUCGCCGUCGCCCGCCGGCAGCAGCAGCGGCAAGCCCGCCAGGCGGCCGACCCCGGCGCCCCGUGCGCAGCAGCCAG